AUGCUCGAGUCCGGCGUUACCGCGGCCGGCGACGUAGCCGGACACUGUCGGAACCCCGGCAACAACAACCAUGCGCCUUCUUCGUCAUCCCACAGCAACAACAACAACAACAGCAGCAACAGCAACCUUCAUGGGGCGACCGUCGAUGACAGCUCCAUUCCGGCCGAUCUACGGUGGAUCGAGCGGAUGGUGAUGGAAGCCGAACAGCAGUACCCGGGGGAACUAGUCCGCACCGACAGCCCGUACUUCCUUUGCUCGGCGCUACCCAACCACUGGCGGUCAAACAAGACGCUUCCGAGCGCGUUCAAGGUGGUGUCGCUGGGCGACGUCAGCGACGGCACGAUGGUCACUAUCCGGGCCGGGAACGACGAGAACUUCUGUGCCGAGCUCCGCAACAGUACGGCCGUGAUGCGCAAUCAGGUGGCCAAAUUCAACGAUCUCCGCUUCGUGGGCCGCAGUGGCCGAGGGAAAAGCUUUACACUCACCAUCACGAUCUGCACGACCCUGCCACAGGUCACGACGUACUGCAAGGCCAUCAAGGUGACGGUGGACGGACCGCGGGAGCCACGGUCGAAAACGACGGACACUCCGCAGAUGCGUCCACCGCCGUUGCACCGGUUUUUGGAGCAACCGGCCUUCAGCCAUCAUCACCAUCAUCAGUACCAGAGCCGUAGCGGCGGCGGCGGCAGCAGCUCGACGUACGGAAAUAACGGUAGCACGGCCACGGCCGCUAUGGCCACCACCACCACCACCAACGCCGUGACGUCAGGGGUGGACGGUUCGGCUCCCGGUGGCCAAGCAGGAGUCGGCGUUGGCGGCGGCAAAUCCUCUGUCAACUACAGUAGCUCCGGGACGGGCCAUCAUCAUCAUCAUCACCACAGCCAUCAUCAUCAUCACCUGCAGCAUCACGGCGGCGGCAGCGCGGUCGGUGGUGGCACGGCGCCGGCACCAGGUGGUGGCAACGGAACGGGCAAUAUGACCAUCAAUACCGUCGUCGGUGCCGAAUCGAGCAGCGAUUACAAACCUAAUCUCGCGCUCUCAGACUACACGAGUGCCAGCGAUUGGACCAACGGCCUGGGGGCUCCGUCGAGCACGUCCUACAUGAACACCUUCUCACCGCUGCAGGCCAGCCCGCCGGCGUACGUGGCGUACGACUCCUGCUCCAUGGUGGACCAUGCCAAUUACAGUCUCACCGCUUCGGGAGUACUUCUAGAUAACACCCAGUCGUACCAGGACUACUACGGGCUGGCGGGACCCGCUCCGCCACCGGUGGCCGCCGUUACUCCUGCCAACUCGCAGGCGAUGGUAGGGGGCCAGCUGACCGGCGGUGGGGCGGGAGCCAGUGCGGCGUACGUUGGCAAAUCCGGUGACCUGGUGGAGGCCGGCUCCUACUCCUAUCCGCACCCGCAGUGGGCUUCCAAUGGGUAUCACGGGGGCUACCACCAUCAUCAGUAUACGCCGGCGGCCGCACCCUGUGCCUCGUCGCUGGCGGCGGUGGCCGCCUCCCAGCAGCCUCCGGCGACCUACCACCCACCGGCCGCCCCGCCGCCCAUGGUGCUCUGCCCGCAGAUGUUCAGCACGGUCAACCAGAACCAGAUCCACGUGCACCUGCACGGCACCGGGAGCGAAAAGUUCGAGCACUACUUCGGGUCCACGGACAACGGCUUCACGAUUAACUCGUUCCCCGGGCCGGGCCUUCGAUCGGUGCCGUCGUCGGCCUCCGCGGUUCCUUCCUCGGCGCUGCUGGAUGUGGGCAUGGCCGGACCGCACCCGACGGAGGGUGGUGCUUCCGCCGAUACGCUGACCGCGCUGCUCUCGCACCACCAGCACCAGCACGACGAGCAACCGCAAUCGGCACCGUCGGGACCUCCGGAUCACGAGCAGGACGCAGAAGCGCGCAGCGAGGACACGGUGUCCGGAGACCCCAGCAGCGUUUGGCGACCGUAUUGA